GCCCCGCGCUGCCGGCGCACGAGCCGCCCGCCGACCUGCACAGGGACGCUCGGUCGGUGAGCCUGCGCGUACGCGGCGGAAACGAGUAUCGCCUGCGCCGCCGAUGUCUAUGCGACCUCCUUCCCUCCUUCGUCCUUACCGACGACUCGAGUGCUAUAAGAGGGAAAUAGAUGUGAGGCGGUGAAUUCGAAAAUUAUUUAGAGCACUAGAUUACAAGAAGUGAUAAUGAUAAGAUAACACGUCCAUAUCUAGUACAUAACUCAUUGAUCAGCUCGUUUUAGUCAUGAAGUUAUUGUUUAUUUCCUAAGAAUAUGGAGGAUCCACAGAAUGGAAACACCCAAAGGGAAAGUGGUGAAAAUAGAGUGGAAGAUCUGUAUUUAGACAGAGUAGUAGCUUCACAACCAGAAAUAGGACCAACCCCUCCAGAUGGGGGAUAUGGUUGGCUGAUUGUCUUCUCAGCGAUAGUGUAUCAUAUAACUGUACCUACAAUAUUAAUUUUAUAUGGAUUGAUAAUUUUAAAAUCGAUACGAGAGGAAGAUCAUGAAGAAGGUGAAAAAAUGAAAAUAUGGGACGUUGAUGUAGCUCUUAUGCCAGUUAUUAUGGUAGUGAUUAGGCUACUUCUAGAAUCAUGGUGCAGAGCUGUUGUGAAAAUUUUCAAUAUGCCAAGAUUUACAGCAUUAGCUGGCUUGUGUCUGACGGUAGCUGGCGUACUGUUGUCAAGUUACUCUACAAGCGCAUACCGUAAUAACCACAUUGUAAACAUAUUUUCGGGAAUAUUUGCUGGUGCAGGAUGCGCUUUAACUGGUCAGCAAACAGAUGUCAUCAUCACUCACUAUUUCAGAGACAAACUUACUAUUGCGCAAAGACUCGUACGCAUGGCACCUUCGCUUGGAAAUGUAUUAACGUGCCUCCUGGUCGGUUAUCUCUGCACUAUCUACACAAGUGAUAUAGUAGUUAUGAUCUACGGAGCUAUACUUAUGCAAAACUGUCUUUUCCUAGCCGCUUAUACCCGUCCAAUAUAUAUCGAAAGAGUCAUUCGAACAACUUAUAACAUGCUCCGAGCUGUUGAAGAUGAUGACGAAAUUAUAUUUUCAAAUCAGAAUCCUAAUCAAAGACCGACAGAAAUACGGAAUGCAAAUAGAACUCCAACUACGGUAGCCGAAAAUGUUGUUUCGACUCAAGACGAAGAAACCGACGUUGUCGUCUUCAAAUCGAGACGUGGUGCAAAAGAAAUACUCGACCCAGAAGUGCGAGAUAGAGAAAAUAACACACAAGCGCGAUUUUCGUCGGAUUUCAGUGCAAUGUACGAGGGUCCUUCGUCUAACCGGUUUUCGUCCGAUUUUGGAGCUCUUGACGUAUCAAGUUAUAGUCGGAUAAGCGGUUACCAGGAAUUGGAGAACAUCGACAGAGAUGGGCAAAAUCCUCAGCCUCUCUACAGGGAAACUACAGUUAAUGCUCCUUCAAAUAGUCUGGUCUUCACGUCAGAUAUAACUCCAGGAACAGCAAGAAGAACAGCUUCCUUGAAAAAGAACUUUAUAACGGUCAUAAAUAUGUUACUUGACCUGAACUUCUACUUGUACACAUUGUUACAUUUGUGCACUACUUUUUCCAUACUUAUAUUAGGUUUAGUGUUUCCUGCGAUGUUGUGGGAAUUAAAUCCAUCGAUGAACAUUUGGUCGGUUGCAACGGCGACAGCGGUAGCUCACGGGGCCGCCCUGAUGUUUAUAAUGCUGUGCAUUGCAUUACCGAAAAACAUAAAUGAAAAGGCGCGAUUGUGCGCUACUUUCUGCGUUUGUGGCGCUAUCGGCUUUUAUGGCAUAACUCUUUCAAUAAACAAAAGCUUCCUGACUGUUUGGUGCAUGUUCGCAAGUUUUUCAACAGCAGCAUCAAGCGUCCUCCAACAACCGCUUUACAACGCGCUCAACGAAUUUGACACGACUGCCACUAUGACUACAGCUAACGCCAUCGUCGCCAUCGUUAUAAUGGUGUGGUCACUUGUAUAUAAUUACGAAUAUAAAACUUGUUUCUUUAUUGCCAGCCUGUUACAGACUGGUACGGCGUGUGUUUUCUUUGCAGCGUCGUUCAGAAGACGGAGAUAGUACGCCAAUUUAAAUAAUGAACUGAAUUAUUUAUGUUACAUAUACAUAAUCGAUAUUGAAUGGUUGUUUAAAAAAAAUCUAUAUAAUGACAACCUUCUUCUACUUAAAUUUCAACAAAAAUAUGUUUUCUAUGAAAUUCAGUCAUUGGUCCGAUAAUUAAAAAGAUCAAUUACUAUAAAAAUCUAAGGUUACCUACCUUAAUUUCCCCAUUGGAAUCCGCUGUCAAAGUGAAAUUUUUAAUUUAAUACUUGGCGCCAUUUUUUUAACUUUUAAUUCAAUUUCAAUAAAUUUCUUUUCUAUAUAAAUAAUAUAACACGCGCCAAAAGUAUAGUUUUCGUAUAUUGUCAUAUUUAGUCAUAAAUGGCGUAGUACAAAUGAAACAAAAUCACGAUUUUUUUUAUUUAUUGUAUAAGAGAUCAUUGCUUACAUUAAGUAUACGAAUGAAAUACGUUAUAAUACAUAUUAGAAUAUAAGUAAAAUUUUAGUAAAUAAUU